AUGAGUAGCGACAAAGAGACGCCCGACUCGAGCUCGCUCUCGGGCAUGAUCGCGACCCUCGCUCCGGUCGCAGUCAUCUCGGGAAUCUACAUCGCCGUCUUCUUGAUCUUGCGAAAGAGCCAAAGACGCUACUAUGCCCCGAGAACCUACCUCGGGAGUCUGCGGGAGGGCGAGCGCUCACCUCCCCUCCCUAGCGGCUUGUUCAACUGGGUAGGGAGCUUCUGGAAGAUACCUGACGUGUACGCUCUCCAGCACCAGUCGCUCGAUGCCUACCUCUACCUCCGCUACCUUCGCAUGGCCCUGAUUCUGUGCUUCGUCGGCUGCUGCAUCACAUGGCCCAUCCUCUUCCCCGUCAAUGCCACCGGCAGCGUGGGCCAGACCGAGCUCAACAUCCUGUCGUACUCCAACAUCGACCGGGAUAACCAGUACAACCGCUACUACGCUCACUGCUUCGUCGGAUGGGCCUACUUUGGCUUCGUCAUGUACCUGAUCAUGCGCGAGUGCAUCUUCUUUAUCAACCUGCGCCAGGCCUUCCUGCUAAGCCCCUUCUACGCCGACCGUCUUUCGUCCCGCACCGUGCUGUUCACCUCGGUCCCGGCCCCGUACCUGAACGAGGCGAGCAUGCGCAAGGUCUUUGGCGCCGCCGUCAAGAACGUCUGGAUCACCGGCGACACCAAGGAGGUCGACGAGCUGGUCGAGAACCGCGACAAGGCCGCCAUGCGCCUCGAGAAGGCCGAGGUCAAGCUGAUCAAGCUCGCCAACAAGGCGCGCCAGGCCGCCAUCAAGAAGGGCGCUUCCCCCGACGAGGCCGACAAGGCUCCCAUCGUCGGCGACGCUGAGUCCGGCAGCAUUGCCGCCCGCUGGGUGCCCCCCAAGAAGCGCCCGACCCACCGUCUCGGAUUCCUCGGCCUGGUCGGCAAGAAGGUCGACACCAUCAACUGGUGCCGCACCGAGCUGGAGCGCCUCAUCCCCGAGGUCGAGGCCGCCCAGGGCAAGUACCGCGCGGGAGGCUUCAAGAACAUCCCCGGCGUCUUCGUCGAGUUCCGCACCCAGUCCGACGCCGAGGGCGCCUCGCAGAUCCUUGCUCAUCACCAGGGUCUGCACAUGACGCCCAAGUACGUCGGCAUCCGGCCCGGCGAGGUCAUCUGGAAGUCGCUCGCCAUCCCCUGGUGGCAGAAGGUCAUCCGCCGCUACGCCGUCCUGGGCUUCAUCGCCGCCUUGAUCCUCUUCUGGGCCAUCCCCGUCGCCUUUGUCGGUAUCGUCAGCAACAUCGACUUCCUUAAAAGCCUCCCCUUCCUCCGAUGGCUCGACCAGAUACCGGACGUCAUUAUGGGCGUCGUGACCGGCCUGUUGCCCUCGGUCCUGCUGUCCAUCCUGAUGUCACUGGUGCCCAUCGUCAUGCGCUUGUGCGCGAAGCUGGCCGGAGAGCCCUCGGUUUCGAGAGUCGAGCUGUUCACGCAAAACGCCUACUUCGCCUUCCAGGUUAUCCAGGUCUUCCUCGUCGCCACCGUGGCCUCUUCUGCCACCGCCGUCGCCCAGCAAAUCAUCGACAACCCCGCGAGCGCCCCGACCAUCCUGGCCGAGAACCUGCCCAAGGCCUCCAACCUGUACAUUUCCUACUUUAUCGUCCAGGGUUUGACCAUCGCCACCAGCGUGCUGACCCAGGUCGUCGGCUUCUUCGUCUUCACGCUGCUGUACAAGUUCCUGGCCAACACCCCGCGCGCACUUUACCAGAAGUGGUCCAACCUGAGCGCCAUCUCGUGGGGCAGCACCAUGCCCGUGUACACCAACAUUGUGGUCAUCGCCAUCACCUAUUCGUGCAUCGCCCCGCUGAUGCUCGGCUGGGCCACCGUUGCCAUGUUCCUCUUCUACUUCGCCUGGCGCUACAACAUCUUCUUCGUCACCGACACCCAGAUCGACACGCGCGGCCUGAUCUACCCCAAGGCGAUCAAGCAGCUCUUCACCGGCAUCUACCUCGCUGAGGUGUGCAUGAUCGGCCUCUUCGGCGCGUCCGUCGCCCCUGGCCCCCUCGUCCUCAUGAUCAUCUUCCUCGUCUUCACCGUGCUCUUCCACCUGUCGCUCAACUCGGCCCUCGACCCGCUGCUGUACAACCUGCCCCUGACCCUGCUCGCCGAGGAGGAGACUACGCGCCUCCUCGACGCCGAGAAGGGCGACGCCGCCGCCGCCGUCGGCCCCAGCAACGGCGCCCACCACGACCUCGACGGCGACGGCGUGGUCGACCACACCGAGGUGUCGGUCAGCCACGCGCUCGAGGCCAAGAAGGCCACGGGCCAGGCCGGCAACUUCCUCACGCGCUUCCUCAAGCCGUGGAUUUACGCCGACUACAAGACCCUGCGCGCCCUGGUCCCGCGCGGCCUGCAGCUCGACCCUUACUCGGACGAGGUCGCCGCCGACGCCUACCACCCGCCCUCCGUCACCAGCGGCACCCCCCUCUUGUGGAUCCCCACCGACGCCGCCGGCGUCUCCAAGCAGGAGGUCGCCCACACCAGCCGCGUCAUCCCCAUCACCGACGAGGGCUGCGAGCUGGACGAGAACGGAAAGCUGGUCUGGGACCGCGAGAGCACCCGCCCGCCCGUCUGGGAGGAGAAGAUUUAUUUCUAG